GUCUCGAGGGCGGGGCCAGGGCGGAGCCCGGAGUCCUGCCUGCAGGUGCAGGGGGCGUUGCCCGGCCCUGCCCCCGGGGACAGUUCUUGGAGGCCAGGGGCGGGUCAGAGAAGCGGCCGGUGCAGGCUACGCCUUGGAACCCGCGGACGGCGACUGCAGCCACAGGUGCCGCGCAGGGCGGUGUGUCCCAGCUCUGGGCAUCAAAACUCCAGCGCUGGGAGCUACGGCUUCCCAGCUGCUCCCAACCCUGGACACCGAGGCCCCCGGGCCGAAGAGCGAAGCCCUGGGGUCGUCCGAAGAGCGGGGCCCUGAGCCCCCCGGGUUAGACAGAGAAAUUCCCGGGCCUGCCGCAGAGCAGGAUACCGAGGUCCCCAGGCCAGGAGGCGAGGUCCCCGUGCCCUCCCCAGACCAGGGCGCGGAGACCCCCGAGCAAGAGAGCGAAGUCCUCGGGCCAUCAGCGGGGCAGGAGGCAGAGCGCCCUGGACCGACCGCAGCUGAGGGCUUUGAGAGUCCUGGGCGAGGCAGCGACGACGCUGAACCGUGUGAAGCGCGAGGCGCGGGGCUUCUGGAGCAGUGUCCCUCUCAAGGUCCGGAAACCUCCUCUGAGUCAAACUCGGAAUCCCCCCAGCUGCGUUUCCUACUGCGCUCCGAGACCCCACAACAGCCCCCAGAGCAGCCGCUCAUGGAGACGCCCAUCGAGCGCGAAAUCCGCCGCAGCUGCGAACGCGAGGAGAGCCUGCGCCGGAGCCGGGGCCUGAGCCCAGGUCGCGCGGGCCGCGAACUCGUCGAACUGCGUGUGCGGCCGGUGCUCAGCCUGCCGGGCCCCGGCUCCGCGCUCCCGCGCGCCUUGGAGCGCGCUCGGGCGGGCGCGCAGAUGCAGCGAGACAUCGAGCGGGAGGCCCAUCGGCAGGCGGCGCUAGCGCGCCCCGAGAUCCCAAAGCAGCGCGCCCGGCAGCCGCCUCAGCCGCUGGGCGAGCUCAAGCGCUUCUUCGAGGCUGCCGGCGGGUGCGGCUCCUCGCUGGCGGCGGAGGGCAGCGCGGACCCGCAGCGGCUGCCUGAGCCCGGAGGCCGGCCACGUUCAGUCGUGCAGAGCCGGUGCCCGGUGCUGGCCCGCGCCCCGCCGCCCAUCGCACCAUCGCUGCUGGAGCAGGAGGUGCGCGAGGUGAAUGAGCGCGAGCGGGAACUGCAGCGCCAGCGCCUCAGCGUCUACGGCACCGCCGAGUUCAAGGAGCCCGCGCCCAGCCUAACUGCGAGCAGGGGCGACGGAAAGCUGGCGGUGAUCUGGCCUCCCCGCAGAAAGGCCUCGGAGAACGGUCUGGAGCAGGUGGGAACCCCUUUCCCCUCCUGCCUCAGGCGUUUGUCGCUGCCCCCCACCCCAACCCUCUGCGUGCGAGAACGCUGGGCUGGGGAAAGGACCCCCUGGGAAGUCACUCUGCGCUAGGACCCAAAGUCCCGGACGUGGCCCAGGGGUGUCGAGAAGGCGGUGGUCCUGGGGCCCAAACUGCCCCACCCGGGGCCUGGGUGUCCCCACUCGCGGUGCGCGGGCCCCCGAGGCAUGCCUUCGGUCUGGCCCCUCUCUCCAGGAGGAGACGAAGCCUUGAGGUUCGAGCCGGCUGGGGUCCCAGGACGAAGGUAACAUGCCCGUCAGAGGACCCAGGCAGGGGCGCCCAGGAGUGCCCUCCGGAUCGGCGGAAGACCUAGAGAGGGGCUACAGGUCUGAGCCAGGAAAGACGCAAUCGAUCAGCCCCUCCUCGAACCUGACUUUGUGAAAUUGACCAGAAUCUUCUAUAAAACUGUUAGUCCCAAUGGGGAAACACCACUAUCACAACCCCGCCAGUAAAACUGCCCCGCCCUCCUCCACCUAACUGCAAACGGAGCUAGCCUCUCCUUCCGGCCUUGACUGUUAGAUAGGGGUCACCUCCUCGGCUGUCCCCACUCCCCAAUAAAGCCCCUUCUUUCUGGGCA